AUGCCAAACCUCAACUACAGUGUUACAGACAAUGUGGACUUGUCUUCCCUGGAUGUUCAGGGAGCUGGUAUUCUGAUAGCCCUCGUCAUUGGACUUGGGACUUUUCAUAUCGCUCGCAGCGUUUAUCGUCGCCAUUUUCACCCGCUGUCCCAAUUUUCAGGUCCACCUGAAGCGGCUUCAUCUACCUACUGGCUCUAUAAGACCUCCCAGGCAGGCUUUCCGGAGCAUGAAUUCGAAAGGCUGCACGCUAGAUACCAGACGAAGGCCCUUCGCAUCGCCCCUAACGAACUUCACCUUUCGGACGUUCACCAAUAUAAAAACAUAUACAGUCAAUCCAGCCCCUUCCCCAAACACGCCCCUUUCUACGACUCGUUCAAUAUCGAACACUCGCUGUUCGCUGAAACCGAUCCCACACUGCACAAGCAGAGACGCAAAAUGUUAAACCCGCUGUUUUCUCGCGCAGGUUUGCUCAAGCUUGAAGGGAUUUUCCACAAAAAGGCGAAUGUCAUGAUGAAAAAGAUCGACAGGUUGAAAGAGACCCACUUAAUCAAUGUUUAUGAUGCCUUUCGGUGCCUCACCACAGAGGUCAUUAUGGAAUUUGCCUUUGCGCUCUCUGCAAAUAUGCUUGAGGAAGAGGAAUAUUCUUUUGGAUCAUGGUACCUGAGGGCAUUUGACUCAGUAGCUAGCGACGUGUGGAAAACCAAGGAGUGGCCAAUGGCACGACGUGUUGGAGCAUGGCUCCCAAAGACAGUCAUCAAGGCGGUGGAUAAAAAGCUUGCCUCGUUUUUUGAGAUUAUUAGUUUUGCUGAAGGCUGUUUGAACCACUAUGAGAAACAUGGGAAUACCACGUCUCAUCCAGUUGUCUUGGACCAUCUGACGUCAGUGUCAUACCCUCAGAAGGUCACCGAGUCAAUAGAUAUAUUAAUAGCUGGGUCGGACACCACCGCGUCUACGCUGACGGCAGCUCUGCAACAUAUCCUCGCUGACAAGAAGGUACAAAGCAAACUCGUGCGUGAAUUACAAGCCGUGCAGCCUGACGAACAGGGCAUUCUUCCACUCAUAGAACUAGAAAAGAUUGAGUAUCUGACCGCUUGCGUCAAGGAAUCGCUGAGGAUCGGAAUGCCCGUCGCUGGCCGCUUACCGCGCGUCGUCCCCAAUGACUUGGCUCAUCCGUUGACCAUUGAUGGAAAGGUCAUCCCCCCCGGAACUAUUGUCUCAAUUUCCGCCUACACGAUGCACUCCAGCGAAGAGCUCUGGGGCCCCGAUGCCCGAAGCUUCAACCCCGAGCGCUGGUUGCAGCCCGAAUCCAAGAAUCUGGACCAAUACCUAUGCACUUUCUCCAAGGGUGCCCGGAUGUGCAUUGGCCAGAAUGUCGCUUCCGCCGAAGUCACCAUCAUCAUGGCGUAUAUAUUCAAGAACUACAAGCUCAGCUUCCCGGCUGACUUCAAGCGGCCGGAACAGAAGGACUUAUUUACAAUGGGAUAUGCGAAGCCCGGAUUGCCCGUCAAGUUUGAAGCGAUGGAUUAGGGUUCGAGUAAUUGUUCCGUGCAACGAUGGCGCGCUGGAGCUUUAGCCUGCCUAGACUAGGGAUUAAAUAGUUUGAGAAAGGUCCAGCUUCUGUUCUAUACAGUCCGUCCGCAUUGAAAU